CACCUCUUACUGAGGGGGCGGGCUAACGGGAAGGAAAGCGAGGCCGAAGUUCCCAGAAGGCGAGGCAGUGUAAUAUUGAAAUGGAAGAAGACUCUUGCAGGCCAUUCAUGUUCCACUCUUCCUCUUACAUGAAUGGACAUAUUGGCUUUUGUGGUAGUAUAAAACAAUCACCAAGUGACUUUGUAGUAACAGAAAUUGAUACAUCUGGGCAGUUAGUUACCGAAAUCACAACAGAUCUCAAGAGCAAAGAAACCUUGUCAGAACAGCUUAAGAUCUGCCGGCACGAUUGUAAAAUACCACGGCUGAGCUCUCCAGAGCUGUGUAUAGAAGACAGUGCUCUGUGUACAGCAGAAAGUGUUCCUCCUUCCACUAGGGGGGUUGGAGAUUUUGAAGACAAGAAUGUAUUUGGUUGGCAGCCUGACAAAGUUGCUACGCUGGACUCCUUGUUAGACAACUCCGUAUGUGAGCAGCUAAGGCUGUUCGCUUGUAACACGAAGGACACAUGGAAUUCUAAAUCUGAGCCUGCAGUUCAUCCUUCUGAGUUCUCCCUUGGUCCAGUCCUUGAUAAGAGGACUCGUGCCAGCUUGCAUUGUGCCAUAAGACAGCAGUAUCCCUUCUUGAGCACUGUUACAAGAUGUGGUGAAAUUAUGGUGAAAGCAAACCAAGAUUACCAGGAACUCUGCCAUUUGGUGUCUGAAGAGGAAGCAUAUGGUUUUCUAAAAUUUUUAGAUGCCAGAACAGAAGAUACAAAGUUUACUUUUAAACCUGAUGGAAAUAAGGAACACCGUAAAAAAGUUCACCAUUUUAUCAGUAGAAAGUUCGGAAAGCUGGUGGAAACAAAGUCGUUCCCUGACUCUCAGCAAAAUGCUGUGGUUGUAGUAAGGUUUCGUGAGAGGUCUGGUUUCCAAAAAAGGACUAAUGUUGAUCGCAGAGAGAAGCAAGAAAUAUACGCAGCUUUUACUCUCCGGAAAGAGAACCUGGAAACGCUUGAAGCAAUUGGCUAUUUGUCUUCUGAACUUGGUGUGCUGUCUUCAGACUUCAGUUACACAGGCAUUAAAGACAAGAAGGCCAUUACGUACCAGGCUAUGGUGGUGAAGAAGAUAACUCCUAAAAGACUGAAAGAACUCGGAAAGUCAAUUGAGAAAAAAGGAAUCUGUGUGGCUAAUGUACAUUCUGCAAGCCAGCCACUUAGGCUUGGUCAACUGCAAGGAAAUCACUUCAAUAUAAUUGUGAGAAAUUUAAAACAGCACAGCAGUGACUGUUCUGCAAGCCUGAAAGAGAGAACAGUGGAAGCCAUUGAGAAUGUUAAGGUAAAAAAAAUGGAAAUUAUCAAUUACUAUGGACCUCAGCGUUUUGGGCAAGGGCAGAACAUUCAGACUGAUCAAAUUGGAUUGGCUUUGCUGAAUGAAGAGCUGGUCAAAGCUGUAAGAUUGUUUUUCACACCAGAAGACACAGAUGAUCCUGUAAAUAAGGCAAAGAAAUACUUUCUUCAGACUGAGGAUGCAAAGGGCACCCUCGCAAUGCUGCCUGACUUUAAAGUAAGAGAGAAGAUGUUACUUCGUGCAUUAAAUCGCUACGGUAUCGAUCAAGAGGGGUGUUGCCGAGGUUGGCUCAGCAUUCCUCAUUCCAUGCGUAUCUUCUAUGUUCAUGCAUACUGCAGUAAAAUUUGGAAUGAAGCCGCUUCCUACCGGAUUAAGACAUAUGGAACAAAAGUUGUGAAUGGUGAUCUAAUCUUUGCUGAAGAAGGCACUGCAAACUCUUCAUUGAAUGCCAAGGUCCAUGUAGUAACAUAUGCAGAAGAAAUGGCCGAUAAAUAUACAAUAAAUCAAGUCAUUCUCCCAAUGGCUGGUUACAGCAUUCAGUAUCCUGCUAACAAAGUUGGAGAGUGGUACCAUGAAAGGCUGGCCAGAGAUGGACUUCAGGCAUGCAAGUUUAGGCUUCCUGCAUUGCAGAUGAAUGUGCCUGGCUGCUACAGACAUAUCUUGAAAUAUCCUCACAAUCUGUCAUAUAGCUUUUUAAAAGACAAUGAAAAUGAAAAAGUUACUGAAGACAGUCCCCUAGAGGAUUCAGUCACUUCUCUUUCUAUGUCAUUUUGGCUCGAUCCAUCAUGUUAUGCCACUGUUUGCUUGAGGGAAAUCAUGAAAUGUGAUAUUUGACACAAAAAAAAUGUUUAGCGCCACUUGACAGGAAUAUGGUGCACUUAUUAAAGCUGGCACAGUCCCUUGUGAGAGACUGUGCUAGGGAAUGCUUUGGAAUUUGGAGCCAUAAUAGAUGGAUAUUGUAGAUCAAACGCUUGUUUGUGAAAAGUGAUAGCAGGCAGAUCACCAGCCUGACUUGCUGAAGUCCCUGGCUAGUCCUGCCAUGUGACAUCCAGCAGCAGCAAAACCAUAGUUUUAAGCUUAUGGGGCAGUCUAACUAUGGGGAAAUGCUGUUGACCUGUGGUAGAGCAUGUGCAUUGCGUACAGGAAGUCCUUGGUUGACUUCCUGACAUUCUAGUUAAAAUUAUUUCAGGUAGCUAUUUCUCUAUCCUGGAGAGCUGCUUUUAAUCAGAGUAAACCAUAUGAACUAAAUGGACCAAUGAUCUGACUCAGCUUAAGGCAGAAUCAUGUGCAUUUGUGUUCCUCAGGAGCAGCCCCGUAGCUAACAACUGUUUGCUCGGGGGGGGGGGAAUGUUUUUCUCAGG